CCGCCAUAUUUAUUAAAUACAACCGACACUGCAACCAGACGACCCUCUCCAUCCACUAAUCGGUCCCAAAAUGGUACUGUACCUCUCUGAGUCCCAGCGACCCUUGCAACUACUGCAGCUGUGGGCCACGCUAAGCCCAGGCCCGCAACAAUUCCGGCAGUUUGGUGCAGACAAUCCGCGACGCUACAAACACGCCCUUCGCUGCACAUACAUACAACGCCGUCUUGCCGGCCCAUCCCGCGAUAUAUAGGGAGAGUUGAGAGAUUGGAGGUUACGUUUUCUGUUGCCGGCACAAUCUUUCAGCAUGGUGGCUUCGCAAGAGCGUGCUUUCCAGAAUGCCAUUGCGUUUCUCAAUUCGCGCAUGCGAACUGCAAGACCACAGCAUCCAGGAUCAACGCAAUUGCCCGUAACUAGCCUUCCAAGCACAAAUCCGACUUUUCGAGGCACUCCGCCCAUCCAGGGCAUGAGAGAAUGGCUCCGUAAACUGGGACACACAAAUGACCAAAUAGACUCUCUCAAUGUCAUUCAUAUUGCAGGAACCAAAGGCAAAGGCACUACAUGCACUUUUAUCGAAAAUUUCUUACGAGAACAUGGAAAGAGAACCGGAUUCCCCAGGAAGACGGGUCUCUACACCGGUCCGCAUUUGGUAGAUAUUCGAGAGCGUAUUCGUAUCAAUUUUGCUCCCGUCUCCAAAGAUACCUUUUCUCAGAAUCUUGCCGAAGUGCGCGAAGCUCUAGGCCUUGAGGAACAAGGGCCUGGUCCACGCUAUCUGCAGAUCUUGGCACUCACCUCUUAUCACACAUUCAUUAAGGAAAAGGUGGACGUGGCAAUUUACGAAACACACCAUGGUGGCGAAUAUGACGCUACUAACUGUGUCGAAAAUCCUGUAAUCACAGGCAUCACAAGCAUCGGAAUGGAUCACAUCGCCUCACUUGGCCCAAGCAUCACAGACAUUGCAUGGCACAAGGCAGGCAUCAUCAAACCAGGGGCAGCUGCUUUUACAGCAGAGCAAAAAGAGUCAGUGGCCCAGGAAAUCAAGGCUCGUGCAAACGAGAAGAAUGUCGAUUUGGAAGUCGUCGCCUCGGAUCCAACACUCCCAGGUGACUUCCCAUCAGAGUGCCAACGCCUCAACGCAUCCCUCGCCCUCCGCAUCAGCAACAAGUUUCUAAACAAGAAGCACCCAGACUCAGCCAGUAUCCUCAGUGAAUCCGACAUUGCCAGAGUUAUAGAAAAUUUUACAUGGCCAGGCAGAUUCCAACUCAUCGAGCGCGAUGCUGUCUCCUGGUAUAUCGACGGAGCCCAUAACGAAUUAAGCAUGCCCCAGGUUGCCGGCUGGUUCAACAAUAAUGUAAAGCCUGUUUCUCCAAACGCCCGACGAGUCCUUAUCUUUGCACAAAAGGAAGGCCAGCGUGAUGGGCUUGAGGUUGUCAAGGCGCUAGCCGAAUCUCUUGUAUCCCCUGUAGAGCAUGUCAUAUUCACACCGCAUUCCGCCAGUGCUGCAGACAUUGCUAGAAUAGACACAUACUGUCAAUGUUGGGCUGAGCUCCGCCCGGAAGCCAAGAUUACGCGUAUGGUAGACCCGAAGGAGGCUCUUAGGCUUGGAAGCAAAUUAGCCAGUGAGGCAGACUCGGCCGACGUACUAGUUACUGGGAGCUUAUACUUGGUUGGAGAAGCGAUUCAAUAUCUCGGCGAGGCUUAAGGCAGCGGACACACCGACGCUUUUAAUAACCACUUUCAUGUUCGAUCAUGUAAAAUAGAAUAGAAUAGAAUUAAUAGAAUAAGAGUAGCUUCUGUGAAUGAACA